AUGUUGUCAAAGAGUUCUUCAAGCGGUUCCGAUUCAGACGAACAAUAUAUAGAGCCGUUCAGUGAGAAAUGGUUUCAACCGUUUGUAUCUAUAUAUCCAUCGUUUAUGGCAUCGGAUCCUAAAUUAGAUCUCAAAGCAGAUCCCAAUGUAGACAAAGGAGUGCCAUAUCUGUUGGGAUCGGGUAUUAUAUGGGAUGAGAGGGGAUAUGUGUUGACACAUCCCAGUGUUGUCAACAGAUUCAAUCGAUUUCUCGUACGUCUGGGCGAUGGCCAGGAAGUGAUGGCCCGUUUCUGGUACACCAACGACGCCAUCGAGAUAUCUGUCAUCAAAUUGGACGGCAAUCGCAACGACUGGCCGAUGAUAUCAACGGGCGAUUCAAAGGCGCUGGACUUUGGCGAUCGAGUGCUGGUAGUGGGCAACCCACGGCCCGGUAUACGUAAUCAUCUGACCCACGGCUGUGUCACUCAUACGCGGAGGAAGGGUUCCGAGAUUGAAGGCAUUCAUACGAAAGGCAUUGUAAUGAAAUCCAUUAGUUAUAUCCAACACAUGGCGGAUGUGAUGGCACAGGACGUGGGCAGCGCUCUGGUCGAUGCCGAGGGCGAUGUGAUUGGACUAAACGUCAAGCAAUUCGCUCUGAAUGUGAACGUGGCCAUUCCUAUUCACAUGGUUGAAACCUUUUUCAAGAAGUUUACGAGCGUUGAAAGUGGGCCAACACUGGGCGCCGAACUCUAUUGGCUAACCCCUGAACUGAGACAGUGGUUGAAACAGUAUCGACAGGUGCCCGACGUUAAUGGUGUCCUUAUCUAUAACUUCUUGGAUAAUAAUAAUUAUCAUUGGACUAAUACCGGUGUCCGGAAGUAUGACGUGAUUACUGCCAUCAAUGGAUCAGAUGUGCGAUCGCUGGACGACUUGUAUCGGGCCGUCGAUGAGCUCAUGAUAUCGGGUGUAAUGAAUGUCGUGGUAAACGCUGAUGGAGUGGUCAGACGGCUAGUACUUCAGCCGACGGUCGGCCCACAGAUCGCGCCCUCUGUUUGUGUUUAA